AUGUCUUUCUCCAGAGAUCAAUUUCCAGAAUCUUUUACUAAGGCAGUCGCUAUAAACAAAAAGGUAUGGAAUGUUAAAGCUGAUACAGUCCAAGAAACUGUUUCAUUGCUGAAAGAUUCAAUUUCAAGUUCUCUUUUCAACAUUAAAACAGUUAUUGAUAUGAUAAUCUUUAUAUAUCAGAAGAGAAGUGAAAAUAUAGAAUCUUACCUUACUUUACUACUCGAAAUUAUCAAAGUUUUUGAUAUCAAUAACAUUCAAUCAUAUUUUACGCUUCAAACACCAUUGAAAUCUAUUUUAGUCAGAAGGAAAAUCUUAUCAGGCAAAGAAGCCCCUGCAAAUGCUAAUAAAACAGAAGAAGUUUUAAUUGCAAACGCAAAAAAAGCAGCUGUUAAACCUACUUUAACAAAUCUUGAGAAAUGCAUUGAAUUCAACUGGAAAGAAGGUAUAAAUUCAUUCAAAUCAAAGAAUAAUUUUAAUUAUUCAUGGGUUAAUUGUGUUUUCAACAUUGAUGCGUUUCUUGAAAAACUUUGUCACAUUGAUGAUGUGAAUAAAUCAGAUAACCAAUCAUGGAGUCCUCUUUCUAUUGCUUGCAAAGGUGGAUAUACAUUUAUUAUUGAAUUUUUGUUGAAGAACGGAGCAGAUGUCUAUAUAAAUUACCAUUUAACUGCAUAUUAG